AUGGCGCUAGUCACUCUACUGAUUAUGGAUGCCUUCCUCGGAUCGUUCAAGCUGCAGACCAGCGAGGGAUUCGACGAAGUUAUGGCGCGCUUGGGCGUUGGUUUUAUUACACGCAAAGCUGGUAACGCAAUGAAACCGACGUUGACUAUCUCGAAAAAUGGCGACAAGUACACGAUGAAGUCAUCUAGCACCUUCAAAACGUCCGAAUUCACAUUCCAUUUGGGUGAACCAUUCGAAGAAGUGACUCCAGACGGUCGUACUGUGGAGUCAACGAUCACCAUGGACGGUGAUGUCAUGAAGCAGGUGCAGGUUGGCGAUAAAACCACCUACAUCACCCGCACUCUUGACGGAAACAUGCUCAAAACUGUAAGUUCACUCUUUCUCCCAUCACCCUUAUUAGUCCUUAAAACUAACCUGUUUCGUGCUAUCAGGGCACACAGUAAAAAAGUUGACUUCACAACCCUGUCAUAAUCUCUUUUUUUUCAGAGUAUUUUAGGUAGUCCAGAACAGUUAUUGUACAGGGAGGCACUGGCGUUUUCGUUCCCAGCGUUCUUUAGUGCGCUCGAUACCCUUCCAUAAUGGCAUUUACCUGUUUUGCCUGAUGCAUAAAGAACCCUUUGAGAAUUAAUUGUUUUAUGCUUCUCAUUUGUUGCUUUCUCUCAUUUGUAGAUUGUCAAGGUUGACGAACUCACCAGCCAUAGGGACUACAUCCGCGUCUAA